UGGCUCCCUCUUCUUGCUCCGGUGUGCUACGGUGCUACUGGAUCAGCUUGUUGGCUGCCUCCGGCAGCGGUGAAUGUGUGUAUAGUCGGCUGCAGCCCUCGGACGUCCUAUACUUAACCUGUCUUUCAACUGCCCAACAUGGGGAUCAAGUUUCUAGAGGUCAUCAAGCCAUUUUGUGGCAUCCUACCAGAAGUAGCAAAGCCUGAACGAAAAAUCCAGUUCAGGGAGAAGGUAUUAUGGACAGCAAUAACCCUCUUCAUCUUCCUUGUGUGCUGUCAGAUCCCGUUGUUUGGCAUCAUGUCUUCAGACUCCGCGGAUCCAUUCUAUUGGAUGCGAGUUAUCUUGGCCUCGAAUCGAGGCACGUUGAUGGAGCUGGGAAUCUCGCCCAUCGUCACGUCGGGCCUCAUCAUGCAGCUCUUGGCAGGGGCAAAGAUCAUUGAAGUGGGAGACACCCCAAAGGAUAGGGCUCUCUUCAAUGGUGCUCAGAAAUUGUUUGGCAUGGUGAUAACAAUAGGUCAAGCAAUAGUGUACGUGAUGACCGGCAUGUACGGAGACCCUGCGGACAUCGGGGCGGGCGUGUGCUUCCUCAUCAUUAUCCAGCUCUUUGUGGCCGGUCUCAUUGUCCUGCUGCUGGACGAACUUCUCCAGAAAGGCUACGGUCUCGGCUCGGGUAUCUCGCUCUUCAUUGCCACCAACAUAUGCGAGACAAUUGUCUGGAAGGCCUUCAGUCCUGCCACCGUCAACACAGGCAGGGGCACAGAGUUUGAAGGUGCCAUCAUCGCCCUGUUCCACCUCUUGGCCACGAGAACGGACAAAGUGCGUGCUCUGCGGGAAGCCUUCUACAGAGCCCACAUGCCAAACUUGCCAAACCUCAUGAACUUGCUGGCCACCAUACUUGUCUUUGCGAUUGUCAUCUACUUCCAGGGCUUCCGUGUGGACCUGCCCAUCAAGUCUGCCCGCUACAGAGGCCAGUACAGCUCCUACCCCAUCAAACUGUUCUACACCUCAAACAUUCCCAUCAUCCUCCAAUCUGCCCUCGUAUCAAACCUCUACGUCAUCUCACAGAUGCUUGCCGUCAAGUUCAGUGGUAACUUCUUUGUGAACUUCCUUGGAGUCUGGGCUGACGUGGGAGGAGGUGGCCCAGCUCGUGCCUACCCAAUUGGAGGUCUCUGCUACUACCUCUCCCCUCCAGAGAACCUUGCACACAUCCUGGAGGACCCCGUACAUGCUGUCCUCUACAUCGUCUUCAUGUUGGGCUCCUGCGCAUUUUUCUCCAAAACGUGGAUAGAGGUGUCUGGUUCCUCUGCCAAAGAUGUGGCAAAGCAACUUAAGGAACAACAGAUGGUGAUGCGGGGUCACAGAGAGAAGUCCAUGAUUCAUGAGCUCAACAGGUAUAUCCCAACAGCAGCUGCCUUUGGGGGCCUCUGCAUUGGAGCACUCUCUGUAUUGGCUGACUUCUUAGGUGCAAUUGGAAGUGGUACUGGUAUCCUGCUUGCAGUGACCAUCAUUUACCAGUACUUUGAGAUCUUCAUCAAGGAACAAGGCGACAUGGGAGGCAUGAGCACGUUACUUUUCUAAGGCUCGCAACACUCUCACACUUCACUGCUGCUCAUAACACCAUGUGUUUUUACAAGUCAGUCCAUGUACUAUUUAAGGAGAUUAAAAGAAUGCUCCAUUUUGUAA